CGAAGGUGUUUGACAGGCGGGAGCGGCUGUUGGCGAGCGAGGAGAGCGCUCCGAACGCGCAUAGUCAGAGUCGGAAGUGGAGAGUUUUUUUUUCUACAUGAGAUAAUUCGCGGAUUCGAGCGCGCUCACCCGUUUCGAGGCUUAUUGAAUGCAGGAAAUAAGCUAAAGAUAGAAAUGAAUUCACGAGCACCAGCAAUUCAGUAAUCUUUUGAGUACUUGAAGUAUGGAGCAAUACCCAGAUUUACAAGAGGACCUGAGUCUGGAAGAUACCAGUGAGUCUCUCAAUCAGCUCAAGUUGGCCUCUCUAGAUGACAAAAAUUGGCCAUCAGAUGAAGUCCCUGUUUUCCCAAAGUCUGAUGAUACCAAGAGCACCCCGGAUUCUGCCUCACAUCUGCGAUGGGAUGAUCCGUACUAUGACAUUGCUAGGCACCAGAUUGUGGAAGUAGCAGGUGAUGAUAAGUAUGGGCGGAAAGUAAUUUUGUUCAGUGCCUGCCGGAUGCCUCCUAGCUAUCAGCUUGAUCACGUGAAGCUGCUAAGCUAUUUGAAGUAUACAUUGGACCAGUAUGUGGAGAGUGACUACACCCUAAUAUAUCUGCAUCAUGGUCUGACCAGUGAAAACAAACCAUCUCUAGGUUGGCUGCGGGAUGCCUACCGGGAAUUUGAUCGCAAAUACAAAAAGAACAUCAAAGCAUUGUUCAUUGUGCAUCCAACUAUGUUCAUCAAGACAUUGCUGAUUCUUUUUAAGCCCUUGAUCAGCUUUAAGUUUGGAAGAAAGAUAUUCUAUGCAAACUAUCUGAGUGACCUUGAGGAGCAUGUGAAGUUGGAACAGUUGGGAAUCCCAAGCCAGGUGCUAAAGUAUGAUGAGUAUCUGAGAUCACUACAAAAACCUACCCAGGUGCCUCAGAAAGUAACACCACCCCGUCCGCCUCUGCCAAAUCAGCAGUUUGGAGUUUCUCUCCAACAGUUGAGGGAGAAGAACUCAGAUCGGAAUCCUAUCCCAUUGGUGAUCAGAGAAACCAUUGCUUAUCUACAACAGCAUGCUCUUACCAUACAGGGGAUUUUCCGGCGAUCUGCAAAUACACAAACAGUAAGAGAGGUUCAACAGAAAUACAACAUGGGAUUACCUGUGGAUUUUGCAACAUAUGAAGAUGUGCAUCUUCCAGCUGUGAUUCUCAAGACCUUCUUGAGGGAUCUGCCUGAGCCUCUGCUCACCUUUGGUCUCUACAGUGAUGUUGUCAAUUUCUACAGUAUGGAAGAAGAAAAGAGAAUAGAUAUUGUUCGCAAAACACUUCAGACUCUCCCAGAGGAAAACUAUCAAGUUCUAUGUUUAUUAAUGAACUUUCUUGGGCAGGUCUCUGCCAACAGUGAUAUCAACAAGAUGACCAAUGCCAAUCUGGCAGUAGUAUUUGGCCCAAAUCUGUUGUGGGCUAAAGAUGCAGCUAUAACCCUCAAAGCCAUCAAUCCUAUCAACACCUUUACCAAGUUCCUCUUGGACAACCAGGUGCAGCUUUUCCAGAACACAGAGGCUUGAGCCAUAACCUGUUCCUGUGUCCACUGUGAUCAUUCCUUUCUCCUCCUCCUCCUCCUCUUCCUCCUCCUUUUCUUUUCUACCUUGCUUUGGAGAUGUGGCCAUUCUGAAGACGUUCCAGGUGAUGUGUAGUGUGAAAGAUGGAUACAGUUUGCUUGUGCAUAUAUAUGGAGGGUUUUGCAGGAAGGGGGCUUAUCAGAUGAGGAGGGAAAGCAGAUCUCAAAAAUCAAGUUCUACCUUGGCUAUUCUGUCUUGGGUACUUGUACUAGUAUUCAGGUUGUUCUGUCUUGGGUACUUGUACUAGUAUUCAGGUUGUUCUAUUCUGUCUUGGGUACUUGUACUAGUAUUCAGGUUGUUCCAAAGGUGUCCUAUCAGAUAAGUCUCGUUAACUGUCAGUGGAACUGCUUUCUCUUAGUACCAGGCCCUGGGCGAGUGAAUUAGAGUGGAAUUUAUCUCAGUCAGUUCUCUGGUCCAAAUUGAUUCUUCACAGGUGCCCAAGUCAGGCAGUCCUGUUUAAUACUGAUAAGUGACUUGCUGAAUACACUUUGUACCUUGGAUGGAUGCAGCAUAGACCUAGUCCCUGGCAAAACUGAACCGUAAUACAACUGGCUUAAGUGUCUGGAAACCUAUCUAUAGAUUUCAUGCAGCUCUGACACUUGAUCUGUUAUCAGGUGUUCCUGUUAUGUAAAGAUUACGUGCUCUUGGAUGUACCGGAGCUCACUUUUCUGCCUUGUCCAUGUUCUCCUGUAGCCUUUGCCAGCAGUUUAUUUCAGAAUGGCCUUGGCAGCAAGCCUUUCCUUCUGAACUGGCAGAUAAUGAAUGCAAGUACCUGUACGUGUACUGACAUGCAUUCAACCAGGCCAGCUCCUCUCUGCCAAAGUCCAGAUCAAAUAUUGGCCAUGCCUGGGACUGAAACACAGGAAGUGUGCUAUUAGGCGGCUCUGGAUGCAGCACUUUAGACAUUGGAAUUAGAUUGUUUUCAAGCAAAAGCUUCAUGACAGGGCCAAACCUUAUUCUAAUCUGCUGGGAUCUACUGUGCCAAAACUAUUAAAGAAUAACUUUGUUUCUACCAUCUUUUCCUGAUGGGGCUUCAUUGUAGUUUUUCUGACUUAAGUCAAAAUGACCCCGAUGCACCUUCUUUGGCACUUGAGAGGGAUGAAGCAUUGCUUUCUCUUUUUCUAGGAACUGAGAUAGGCCUGCAGUAGGUUUAUCUGGUUUUUUUUUUUCAACUGUCUCGUUUUGAAAAAGCUAGUCUUAAUUUAUAAAAAAAUAGCACUGCCCUGCAAUGUCUUUAGCACUCAUAAUUUUAAGAUAAAAUCUUAACAUUGCCAUUAUGUCCUGCUGACCGCUCUGUUGGCAGCUGAAUAUGACCACAUAGCCAUUAAGUUGACCCUACAAAGCAGAGGGCCCAAGUCAUACAAUUAUAUAGACUAGCAAUGUUUUUUACCCCAUAGUUCAGUGCAAUUACGUAAUAAAAUUAUUUGUUAGGCUCAUAAUUAACACAUGAUCAAUGCAAACUAAAAAGUGUACCUGGGUUAUCAAUGCCAGUAGUUCAACCAUGGCUGGUAAAAAAGCUCUAGUUCGUAAUUGAAAGAAUUCCCAGACUAUUAGUGAUAACAGGGAAUGGCAGAUUAAAGUGGUUGAAGCUAUUAAGAGGGGCUGAUGUGCUAAGAUUGUUCAUUCUCCUUUAUUAAAGCAUAUAAGAUUAAUCUGAUAUAUUCUACAUAGUGCUUAGUCUAAAGAAACAUGGGACCCUUUCAGCUAGAAAUGAAAAGUUAUAAAGAUUAUCAAAAGGGGUUUUCUUUUAAUGUGUUGUAUAUAUAUUAUUUAGCAUGACUAAAUGAGGAGUGGCCUUGCAUAGAAACCAUUAUCAAUAUUAGCUUCAUUGUUUUAUAUUUCAGGCCAUGAAUAGCUUGUAGGCUGUUUUUUAUAUUAUAGCAUGCCAUUGUGAACUGAGACUAGAUUUGGUCUGAUUCUAAGCUGUAGAAGUAUUGCUUUGUUUAUUAAAAAUGCCCAGGUGAAAAGGAAACUGAUGGUACAGAAACAGCAAUUUAGAAUAGUAAGGUCCCAGUGCUUCAAGUUUAGUCCUUGCACUCAAACUAUAAUUUCUAUACUGAAUUAGUUUCAGAAUUAUGUUAACACAAGUUGAGGAGAAAAUAGUUUCUUGGGGGUUCAGUAUUGUCAGACCUGGGCAAUGACACAUUUAUCAACUACAUAUAUUUCAAACUCCUGAAUGUGACUUUGCGUUGCCAGGUUAUAAAAUAUAUCUUGUUAAGUGCACCAUAUUAUGAAAGUGAACUUGCAAAACUGUAGAAGUGAGCCAGUGUAAAUAAUUCUUAAUUUUCUCACUUUGCUGAGAGCGACCAGAAAAAUCUAAAGCAUGUGAUUGCUUUGUUUCUUUUUCUUUUCUCAUUUUGCCUUCUUGAAACUAUAGCUAGCCAUGGACCUGUGAUUGGGCUAGACUGUUUAAAAGAAUGAAAUAUGUGGUUUGAAUUACACUGCUGUCCCAAGUUUUGAUUUCCAAAAUGCCUGCUGCCUGAACUGGGGCUUCCAAGCAGGCAGUCAGAGUAAUUAGAGGGGCAGCAUCCAUGUAGCUGUUUAUGUCUUCCCACCUCCUUUCUUUAAACAUAGCUUGUUCUGGCUCUACUUCCUCUCCUCUUCUGUCCUUUCAGUGGUACAUCUAUGUAUUCCUGUUUAUUGUUGCUUGGCUUUCUUGUUAGAUAUUGACCCCAGUAUUUGUAGAUGGAGCACUAUGUCUCCACUCCAUCACUCUUCUGCCUGUCAAUAAACCCACUGAUUCUUUGGCAUCCUUGGAACACAUUCUGUGCCCACAUUGCUAGCAGCUACUCCUCUGCUUGUACUGACACAAGUUUUUGGGUAAUACUGCUGAUGUUGAGGCUCAAUCUGGAUGUCUUGCUGCCUCAGCCAAAUAUUACAUGGCCAAAUGAGUCCUUGUUGCACACUCUCCAGUGAGGUCUUAAUGUAAUUUUUGUUGCUGUUCCCCUAUAUUUUACUUCUUUUGAUUGUUUAUUGGGAGCAAGGCUGGGGGUUGUUACUGUGACUUUUAUUUACAUAACCUUGUUUAUUUCCUUCCAGUGGUACCAAUCUUGUAUUCACAGUUUGCACUUUUUGUACUUCAAUAAACACUCAAAGCCAAUUAACAAA